GGUUUUGUAAUCUUGUGAAGUUAUGGAAACAAACUGUCGAUUCGUGAAGUUCUGUAUCUUGAAGUACCAGCGAAGCAAAGCAGCAGCUGCUAAAGGAGAAGAUGACAGAAGCAUACAAAUCAAUACGUAUGUCCUUAAGAUGCCUUAUCCCCACAGGUUCGAUUUGCUUCCAAGCUUAAGUUCGAUCGAAACUAUCGUCCGACGAAAGUUCAACGUUCAAGACCAAUUCAAAGCGAGAAUUUACAUCCAGAGUUCUGAAAGCAACGAAUUUGAAUGUUUAAGUAACGAGGAGCAAUGGCGGACUGCGCUUCAAAUCCAGAUUCUUGGAUCCGGAAUUCCGGUUAUUAAUUUACUGGUGUCGAUUAAACAUCGAUUCCAAAAUGAUCCCGGUGAACCGGUUAAUUUUGCCCAUUAUGAUUUUGAAAGUUGUGAAAUUGGUUCCUUAGAUCUGCCUGCAGAAGCGUCCCAAAUUGAGAAUCCAGAAGUUAACAAGGAGGAACCAAAUACAAUUCGUGAAGUUGUAAUGCUGGCAUCAGCGGAACCUUGCGUUGUCGAGCGAAAAGAGUUCACGCCAAUCGAUUCAAGUUCCUACUUCGAUGGUUCGAAAGGCAACCAGCCUGCUGCUCUAAUGACUGAAUGUAAUGUAGUCUGCAAUAGCUUGGAGAAUCCAGAUUUAAAUAACAAUGACUAUUUACAAGUUCCAAAAUGCUCGGAUCAAGUUUUUGAUCUAUCAAUGAAUGCAAUUACUGAAUCUUCUUCAUUGAUUAUGCCUGACGUCCCUGCUACCAAGAGCGAGUCAAAAUUCAUUGACGAGAUUUUGAAUUUAUCUUUUGCGGAAUCAAUUAAAGGCAAGAACUCUAGUGAAAAUCGAAAAGAAGAAGUUGCUCCCGUAACCAAACUGAACGUCUCGGCUCAAAAAGUGAAGGCAACAACGCUUAGCUUUAACAACGAUGAUAUAACUGCAGGUUUAUCUGAGUUUGAUGAAUUUUUAGCCAACGCUAACAAGUUACUAAAGGGUCAUGAUAAGCUUGCAGGUUUCGUUGACCAGCAGCUGGGAAACUUCGUUGUAUCAUCUCCUAAUGAUCCUGAAAACGGUCAGCUAUCACCAGUCGCUAUUUGCAUUCAAAAAUCUAUUGAUAAAUUCAACGACGAUUGUUCAGAAAACAUUGAUAAAGUCACACUCGACAAAGCAGCAAGCUCGCAAAUGACUCAUGGUUCAGUGUCGGAAUCAAACAUUGAAAAAUCGAUCGAAGAACAUGAAAGCCAUGAUGGUAAAAAUGUGGAAAAGAUUAGCGAGAUGAUGAAACAAAAAUGCGACAAUUUGCUUGAAUGUUUGAAAAUUGAAAUGGCCGAAUUGAAAUGUUCUGGCGAAGAAUCCAGCGCGAAGUUUUUUCAUGAAAUUCCAAAAAGAAUAAACUCCGAGUUAGGACCUCUUCUAAAAAAUGAGAAUAGAUUUUUAGAACAAAAUUUGUUCAUAUUCUUGAAAGAACAAUUUGAAAUUGCGAGACAAAAACGCAAAGAGUUGUUUGAUUCCAAUUUUGACAUGAUACGUAAGCAAAUAAUUGAAGAGCAAGCAUCAACAAGAAAUUUUUUGAAUGAUUCAAUUGAGUCUCUGAAAUGUGUAGUCAGGCAAAUUUCGAACGUUUUGGAUCAUUUUCCAUCGCAUGCAGUGCUUUCGAAUCAAGAUCUUGAUCGACUGUCGAACAAAAUUGUGAAACACUUGAAUUCGAGUCUAGGAGAAAUACUGAAGAAGGAAAUCGCCAACAUUGAACCACCGCGAGCAAGGAGCGUCAAACUAAAUGUGAACGAACUCAAAAGAAGCAUGGCCAAUUUAACCAACUUAGAAGCUAUCGCAGACAGCGAUACGGGCGAAAAAUUUAGUUCCAAGCAACGAAAAUUAGACGAAAACCAAAACUUCACUCAUUAAUGAAGAAUACAGUUAAAUUUAAAAGCUGAGAGAUCAUGAGUUUUAGGUAGUAAUUGACAUCAGUGCUCUUAAGAAAUUUAAGAAUUUUGGCUGAGUUACGAUUAAUAGCUGCUAGAUUUAUUGUAUAGAGGAAGGAUUUCUAAUCGAUGUUCUUUGAUUGAAAUUACUUUAGUCUUGAUUGGUUUAAAAUGGUAGUAUAGAAUUUACAAGAGCUGUAAGAAAACUUGUGUUUCGA